AAUUAGUUGAUAGAACCAAAUAACAAUCAUUAACAAUGUGGUGCUGUUCUUCCUCCGCCAAAUUCUUGUUUGACAGUAUAAUCGGAGCGGGAGGGGCAGACACGGUGACAGUGAGUAGUGAUGGGGCCAUGAGCAGCAAUGGUGGGAGUGGUGGAAUAGCUUCCGGAAUAUGUUUGGACAACGGCUACAUCGGAAAUGAUGUGGUCGUUGUGAAGAACGGGUUGCGAAUUUGUGGCAAAGGUGCUGCCCUUGGGUCUGCCCCACUCGUGCAGACGAAAAGCUACUUUGAAGUAAAAGUACAACAAGAGGGUACCUGGUCGGUGGGCGUGGGGACAAGAAAUGCGGUGUUGGAAGGACCCCUGGGAGCAGAUCCAGAUUCAUGGGUACUUAAAAAUAAUGGAGAGCUCUGCUUCAAUUCAAUGUCGAUUGGGAAACUUGAUCAAAAGAUUGAAGAGGGGGACAUCAUUGGAGUCAGUUUUGACCACAUAGAACUUAGUUUUUAUGUGAAUGGUAAUAAAGGUGGAAUUUCCUUCAGCAAUGUCAGAGGGACCGUUUAUCCUGCGAUGUAUGUUGAAGAAGGAGCUGUACUGGACGUAACAUUUGAUACCUUUAUCCAUUCCCCUCCUUCCGGAUUCGACAAAAUAAUGAAAGAAAAGUCUCUCUUGUAAUAAAUAAAUAAUAAUAAUUUUCCCAAUCAAAUCCCACAACUUCAAUAUUCCUCUUCGUCCAGCAUAUAACAAAAAUAAUACAAAUCUUUGCUGACCUUACCAUGUUCGCCCUCGAGUCUCGAGUUUUUCUUCGCACAAUUUCCAGCUUAAUUUAUUUGUGCCAUGUUAUUUAUUCUCUAGAGUCUAUUUAUUGAAAUCCAGUGUCCCAUUGUUGAUUUUUUUCCCCUGGGUUUUUAUCAGACCAUAGUGAGUGAUUAAGCAGACUUAUUGUUACUCAUUUUUGUUACAUUAUUCAAAAUGUUAUAUCUUGGGAUCACAGAAAUUAUUGCAUAGUAGUCGUAGUAUGAGUAUUAGAAAACCUUAAAAUUGAAAUAAAUUGCAGACAUAUAAAAAUA